AUGCCAGUUUGUUAUGCGUCUAAGUCAUUGUCAAAAUCAGAACAGCGAUAUGCUCAGAUAGAGAAGGAGUUAUACGCUUGCGUUUUUGCUUGUGAGAGGUUUCAUGCGUACAUUUACGGAAGAACAGACGUAGUUAUCGAAACUGAUCACAAGCCACUCGUUAGUACUCGUAUUAUAAAGAAACCAAUAGCGGACUCACCAUCGCGCCUACAACGGAUGUUAUUGAAAUUACAACGCUAUACAUUCAAAUUAGUCUACAAGGACGGUAAAAAUCUACGAGUAUUUAUUGCUGACGCGUUGUCACGGGCAUACGAGCCGGAGCCAGCGUUGAGCGCGCAGCUUUCCAGCGCUGACUAUACACAGCACGAUGAAGUUUGCGCGAUCACAAGAGAUAUGGCAAUGAGCGCAGCGACUGAAUUUACGGACUUGCAGUUUAUUAAGUUGCAAAAGGGUUCAGAAAAUGAUGAUGAACUCGCGUUGUUGAGGAAAUACAUAAUAGAAGGGUGGCCUGCAAACAAACAUGACGUCAUAGAUUUGGUAAAGCCAUAUUGGGGCUAUAAAGAGCAUUUAUCGAUCGCGUACGGUCUAGUCUGGAAGGAUCAAAGGAUAGUGGUGCCAAAACUCUUAAGAAAAGAUUUGUUAAACAAGAUACACGUCGGUCAUGUAGGGUUGUAA